GGGUGAAAGGUUACUGCAUUUUUUUUGACUGCUGUGCAGAAGUAGCGAGUCCUUUUCCUAAGAGGAUAUAAUAAAUAUAUAUAUAGAAAAGACGUUGACAUUCGUGGACUGAUAUAAAACAACCAUUAUGUCGCUCUUGAGAGGUGUUUUUAUUGUUUCAGCUAAGAGGACUCCAUUUGGCACAUAUGGUGGUGUUCUUCGAGACCACAGUGCCACAGACUUGGCUGAACAUGCGGCAAAAGCUACCCUUGCUGCUGGAAACGUUGCUCCAGAACUAGUGAACAGUGUCAUCGUGGGUAAUGUCAUGCAGAGCUCUGCAGAUGCUCCGUAUAUUGCGCGUCAUGUCGGCCUGCGGUGCGGGGUUCCCAUACCAGUACCUGCGCUGACUGUGAACCGCCUCUGUGGAUCAGGCUUCCAAUCUAUCAUCAGUGGUGCUCAAGAAAUCUGCCUGAAAGAAUCCGAGAUUGUACUUUGUGGAGGAUCAGAAAGCAUGAGCCAGGCCCCAUAUGCUGCACGAAACAUCCGCUUUGGAACCAAGUUUGGAGUUGACUUGAAGCUCGAGGACACUUUGUGGGCAGGGCUCACAGACUUGCAUAUAAAGACCCCCAUGGGCAUCACAGCAGAAAACCUGGCUGAAAAAUACCAAAUUACACGUGAGGACUGCGACAAGUAUGCACAUCAGACACAACAGAGGUGGAAAUCAGCUCAUGAGUCUGGCCAUUACAGUGCUGAAAUUGCACCUAUCGAGGUAAAGGCCAAGAAAGGCAAGGAGUCUAUGACUCACGAUGAACACCCUCGUCCACAAACCACACUGGAACAAAUGGCGAAGCUGCCCACUGUCUUCAAGAAAGGGGGCACGGUCACUGCUGCCAAUGCUUCGGGUGUAUCAGAUGGGGCCGCAGCUGUGGUGAUAGCCAGUGAGGAUGCCCUUAAGGAACACAAGCUAACCCCAUUGGCUAGAAUUGUGGCCUAUCAUGUCUCAGGAUGUGAUCCUAGUGUAAUGGGUAUUGGACCUGUACCUGCUAUAACAGAGGCUCUGAAGAAGGCAGGACUCACCCUGAAAGACAUGGACCUAGUAGAGGUGAACGAAGCUUUCGCACCGCAGUAUCUAGCAGUUGCUAAGGCUUUGGGACUGGACCCAGAGAAGAGUAAUGUUAACGGGGGAGCCAUUGCCAUUGGACACCCACUAGGAGCGUCAGGAUCCAGGAUCACUGGACACUUGGUGCACGAGCUCAGGCGACGUGGUGGCAGGUAUGCAGUGGGCUCAGCAUGUAUUGGUGGUGGCCAGGGCAUUGCUAUAAUUUUGGAAAACACACAAUGAGAAGAAAGAGGAACACAAAUGCCUUUAAGAAAAAAGCCCCCAUCAUGCAAGAACAUUCGCCUGUUUCUAGUUCAAACUUGUCUUCCCAUGAAGUAAAGAUUUCAAAGACAUGCAUACAUAGCUGCACAUACAUGAAGAAGAGGUCUUUUUGAAAAUGUCUCAAGGAUCCGUAAUGUGGACAUGUUUUAAGGCCUCAGUUAGGUAUUUAUAAAGGAAUUUAUAUCAUGCUCCAUUAUUAUUAAAGAUAUUUCACCCAAUGGCAAACCAACAUUUUUUUUAUACCUACAAACUAUAAAAUAUACCUAAACCAUAUAAAAAUUCUGCCUUAAUGUUUUUAGACACACUCCCAGAUGGAUUUUUUUUCUGCUCUAGAAAAUGGUGGGGCUAUUACCCUUCUAUUAUAAAAUACAUGGAUGUUGCUUUAAAAUUUGCGACAGCAUUCCAGGUAUUGUGCACAGUGACUCUCUUCUGUGUCAAGCCGGAGGACACUGUAGAAGUACAAUAAAUGUGAAGAAUUAACCUUUCAGUGUAAUUAACUGAUUAAUCUAUUAAUACAUGGAGUGAUAUAUGUGCCUUACCUUUUCUUUCUGUGCCAUUUAACAGGCCAUUGCUUUAAAGUUCCUUUCUCACUUUGGUUUGCUCGUGUUUGUAACGUCACUCCGUUUUAAGGGCGUAACACUUUUUUUGAUUUACAAAUCAAACCUCUUGUGAUCUGUGGCACUGUCAGACCAGUGUACUUAUGAAGCACAAAUAAAGAUGAAAUAGAGUAACCUUGGAA